AUGCGUACUUCAGCAUCUCUUUUCCUUUUCGCGCUCCCUCUGGGCCUGGCAGCUCCAGUGAUCGAUAGCCGUGCGGCGGGAGAUACUAUGAACGGUUUGGCGGCUGGAGCUCCCUGCAAAGCCAUGACGGUCGUCUUCGCUCGUGGAACCACCGAGACCGGCAACGUCGGCACGCUGUCCGGGCCGCCCUACUUCAAAGCCCUCAUGAAGAUGACCGGAGGCGACAUGGCAGUCCAAGGUGUCGAAUACCCGGCCGACAUUCCCGGCUUUCUGGCGGGUGGAGAUGCGAAAGGAAGCCAGAAAAUGGCCCAGCUGGUGAUGCAGGCCAUGACUACUUGCCCCGACACGAAGGUUGUGAUGGCCGGUUACAGUCAGGGAGGACAGCUUGUCCACAACGCAGCGGCAAUGCUGCCUCCUGAUAUGGCAGCUAUGGUUAGCUCUGCCGUCAUCUUUGGUGACCCAAUGAACGGCAAGCCAGUCCAAGGUGUCUCUGCCGCCCAGACCAAAGUUAUCUGCCAUAAUGGCGAUCUGAUCUGCGCCGGCACAAGCACAAUCCUGCAGCCCCAUCUCACCUACUCGCAGAACGCCCAAGAGGCCGCAACCUUCACUAUGAAAUCCGCGGGAAUGUAA